AUGAUGAUGGCCUUCCAGCUAAAACCAAAUUCCUUGCCAUUAAUGAGGGCCAUAAAUUCGACCCGUUUCAUUUCCUCAUUUCUUCCACAUCAUGAAUUCUGGAAGCACCAGCCAUUACCCAGAAAGAUAAUGCUUUCAAAUAGCUUUGUUGGCCACACAGCAACUUCAUUCAGGUGCUUCUCACAAAGAAAAUCCAGUGAGCAAAUAGUACAAGUCAAAGAGCAAGGAGAAGAUGAUGAGGAUGAUGAAGAAGAAGUAUAUGAAUUUGAGAGGCUUUUCUCCAACCUAAACCAAGCCACUUUGAAAAGGGAGCCUGGAAGUCUUAGCAGUUCUAUCUUUCUUGUGGCUGGUACAACAGUUGGAGCUGGGAUACUCGCAAUUCCUGCAGUUACUCAAGAAUCUGGUUUUCUUGCCUCUGCUGUCACCUGCAUAUUCUGCUGGAUGUUUAUGGUUGUUACUGGACUACUGAUUGCUGAAGUAAAUGUGAAGACCAUGUGCGAAUUGGGUUCUGGUGGAGUGUCACUGGUUUCAAUGGCAAUGAGAACUCUAGGGACUACAGGUGUGCAAAUCGCAUGCUGGUCAUACAUAUUCAUUCACUAUGCGCUUCUGGUUGCAUAUGUGGCUCGUUCAUCAGAUAUCUUGACAAACUUCCUUCACAUCCCUACAUGGGAAGCUGCGACUAUGUUUUCAGUCAUUUUGGGAGGAAUUUGCUACAUUGGAAGCCAGAGGUUGAUUGGAGCAGUUAAUGGCGUUCUUGUGUUCGGCAUCAUUGCUACUUUCACAUCUCUCGUGGUAGUGGCCAGUGGGAACUUGCAUUUGGAAGCUUUAUUAAGAGCAAACUUUGAAGCAGCACCUCAAAGCAUACCAAUUAUAGCUCUUUCGUUUGUUUACCAGAAUGUUGUGCCAGUCCUGUGUACAAAUUUGGAAGGCAACCUUUCAAAAGUUAGGACAGCCAUUGUGCUGGGAACGGCUAUCCCCCUUGCUCUCUUUCUUGUAUGGAAUGCUGUUAUUCUUGGAACAAUCUCAACUGACUCAGGCACAAUAUUUGACCCCUUGCAACUGUUGAGGACCACAAAUGGAAUUGUUGGGCCGAUUGUUGACGUAUUCUCACUUCUUGCAAUUGCAACGUCUUACAUUGGUUUUGUUUUGGGUCUUUCAGACUUCCUCGCAGACCUGUUGAAACUCCCCUCAGGCCAGAACAGCCCUUUGCCUUAUGUACUCACACUGUUUCCACCUUUGGUUUUAUCUUUGUACGACCCUGAGAUAUUCUUCAAGGCAUUGGAUUUUGCUGGCACAUAUGGAGUUUUGGUGUUGUUUGGAAUCCUCCCCGCAACAAUGUCUUGGUCAGAUAGAUACUCAAACUCGUCAGACUUUCCGAAACUCCCACAGCUAGUACCUGGGGGAAAGCUCACCCUUUCACUUGUAAUUGGAGUUUCAGCAUUUGUCAUCGUAUCAGAAGUAAUUGAGAACCUUGGGCACUAA